GCUUUGAAAUAAGAAACAUUACCUUGCACAUGUGCAUGCCAUAUAAUGUUUAAUCUUCCUAAUAAUGAUUAUUCUCUUACGGUUAUUUUCUGUUUCACUUUUAGUAUUAUUGUGACCAGUUACUUUUCUGGUGACAAGAUCUCGUCAGAAGUAAAUUAGACGUUUCCUGUGUGGUGUGGGGUGGGGAUGCGAUUUGUGAAAUCUGUUCGUCGACAAAGCAAGACAUGGUCACAAUGGCAGAGAUCUCGUCACAAAUUCAUUAGACGUGGGGACGCGAUUUGUGAUAUCUGUUCGUCGAAAAAGCAAGACAUGGUCACAAUGGCAGACCCAAAUAUCUCAUACCUUUUGAUUGUGGAGGACUUUGGUGAAUACUUCAACUACACUGACUUCAACACAACUUAUGAGCUUGACGAAAACACCCUAACCUGCAAUACUUCCCCCAUUUCCUCCGGUGUGACCGUCGUCUUAUGUGCCUUAUACGUCCUCAUCUUGCUCUUGGCCAUUCCUGGGAACAUGGUGGUGGGGCUGGUGAUAGCCUCCAGCAAGCAGCCGCUGUCUCCCUCUGACUUAUACCUCCUCCACCUGGCUGUGGCCGACUUCCUGUUGGCUCUCACCCUCCCUUUCUGGGCCGUUUCUGUCACUGUGGGCUGGGUCUUUGGUGACGCCAUGUGCAAACUAGUCAGUGUCUUUCAGGAGGUCAGCUUCAAUGCCAGCAUCCUGUUUUUGACCUGCAUCAGCGUAGACCGUUACCUGGUGAUCGUGCGAGCCAUGGAGGCAUCCAAGGCUCCUCGUCGCCAAGAGGUCAGCUGGGGCACCUGUGCAACUGUCUGGCUCGUGGGUGGCCUGCUGUCCCUGCCCGGUCUCUUCAACCAUGUCGUCUUCUUACCCAGCACAGAGAGGAUGACAUGCGCCGAGAGUUACGACCCAGGCAGCGCUGAGGCUUGGCGGCUGGUCAUACGGGUUCUCGGGCACAUGUUAGGGUUUCUACUCCCUUUGACAGUUAUGGUGGUGUGCUAUGGUGUGAUUGUGGCUCGACUCCUGCGGACCCGGGGCGGUUUCCAGAGGAACAGGGCCAUGAGGGUGAUUGUUGCGCUGGUUUUGGCCUUUCUGCUUUGCUGGAUGCCCUACCACCUGGCUGUGAUGGCGGACACCCUAUUCCGGGCGAAAGUGGUGGGGUAUGGGUGCCGAGAGAGGAACGCUGUGGACACAGCCAUGCUCGCCACCCAGAGUCUGGGCCUGCUGCACAGCUGCGUCAACCCGGUUCUCUAUGCCUUUGUCGGGGAGAAGUUUAGGAGGAGGCUACUCCAGAAAGUGGGUGUGAUGGAGCAGCGAGCGUCAUUGACCAGGGCCAGCAGAUACUUCUCUCAGACCUCAGAGGCCACCUCCACAUUCAUGUGAUCUUAAAAUGUGUGUUUUUACCCCUGAUUAUAAGAAGAAUCAAUGAGUCAUGAUGAGGACUCCGGUGCUAUGCUGUGGGUGUGCAGGAAUACGCCCACAUAAAUGUCAACAAACUGGACUUUUAAAACAGCCUGUAUUAACUCAAUGCAUCCAUUUUUUUUGUUUUGUGAAAAGGAAGUGUAAACGCCCCUGGCGGGUUUUGAACGCAUGUCUCCCAGCAUGUAGGCAAACACUGCUCAAAUAAAUCUGUACCAUUUUGUGGGGUAUAGUAACAUGUC